AUGACCUCCGAACCGACAGAGGAAGCUAUCGCGAACUUCGCCAACAACCUCAACUCCAAUCAAGCCAUUAACGCCUAUUUCGAAGAUCCCACGGGCCCUCAGACGCAGAUCGAGCACUCCGAUCCAGCCCCAGACCCUUCCCUUACAGCCCCGUCACGCCCACCGUCUACGCUCAACCUAAACGAACAAACAUCUGGCGCCGAGUACACACACAACACUCCUGCGCCUUCACAAAACACUACUGAUACCGGCAAAGGCUUGUCUCUGGCCGAGCAAGAGGAGCGUGAGCUGCAGCAAGCUGUGGCUAUGUCGUUGAACCAGAAUCUUGGACAGCAGGAGACGGGGGUCACAAGCACGAAAGACUCGAAGUUUAGUCGGGCCACGCGCGACCACUACGAGGAAGGCGCCUGGGCGAUGACGCUUUUCAACUCCAGCUCUCGCGAGAUUAUCAUCAGCCCCGAUCCGACCGAUCGCAAAAGGCGCGAUGGUGAACCGCCUUUCAUUCGGCCGUCUGAAGACAACGUAUACCUCAGUGGGUUUUUGACAAUCCUCCAUUCGAUUCCCCUGGCGAGGGAGGCCCUGAUGCUACGGACCCGACUUCUUUCAAACUACGGCCACGACCCCCAAUGGUGGAAUGGACAACCCAUCAACCUCCCCAAGAUUGUUACUGUCCAUGACGCGCAGGACGGCGACACUGAAUGGGACGAUAUAAUCUACGAAACACAAAGAAUAAUGGCCUUUUUGGAUGGCACCAGUCGCGCUUUUGGUAGUAGCGAUGCGCUUGCCAGUCUGAAGAGCAUGAGCAGUUAUGACCGGGAAGGCAGUGUUGGCCAGUUUUUGGAAUCCUGGCAAGAAGCUGCCAUCCGAGCAGACCAGGGAAAUCAGUUGGCAACCAUCUUCUCCUCGACUGCCUAUAAACGACCGCUUUCUGUCUUUGACACCCCGAUCGAUAAGGAAUUUUCCACGCUUACUCCGUUCGUGGAACGCGAGCACGGUCAAUCGCUCUAUGAUGUACUCGAUCACACCAUGUGGUCCGAUAGAGCGGGCGAAGAACUCGAUGAUGUAUGGCUGGAGCAUGUCGCAGAGGUUUUCACCAUCAAGAUGGACGGUACCGACAAACCCCUUGAAGUGAACAUUCCCGCGGUAUUCUAUCCCGAUCGAUAUCUCUCCGCCAGCCGGGAUCUUUCUCGUGAAUUCCGUGCGCAGAGACUCCGGGUUUACGAGGAGAUAUUCCGGCUAGAAAACUUGAUCAACCGCUUCACGCGAUCCAAGACGUCCAUAUAUAAAGGACUUACUUCCAUGGAGACCCUGGAGAAGGCCGCGGAUGUCAUCACCACCACGCUCCCGAAGAGCCUGUCCAAGUCAGAUGCGUUUACGCCUGAAACAGCAAAUGCAGAGGCACAGAGAUUGGCGGAUGAACUGAGAGCCAUAUCCGGUAAAAUAGAAACGAAGCUUAAGGAACUGGAGAUCAAGAAAGGCCAGGCCCUGGAAAGUCUUCGAGGCUACUCCAAAAUCCUCACCGAAACUUCCUCCUCCAGCGAACAGCCGCAUCACCAGUAUACCCUGCGAGGCGUGUGCACCGAACCACAUGUGACCUACGUUAAGCGCCAUGUGCCGGACGCCUCCGCGAAUGGGUCCGAAGCAACCACGUCCAACGAAUCCCAAUGGUGGCGCAUCAGCUUCUCUACGGACGAUGCAAAGUCCCGCCAGACAGAGUCAGGCCAGGCUAACAAUGCCAACUUCGAUAACGCAGAGGUUAUUGGAUACACUGCACGCAAGGUCGGAGAGGACGAAGUACUUCAAGCGGCCCGCGAGGAGUCUAAAUCCGUUCUACUUGUGUACGCCAACAGCAAUGCAAUGAACCAGACGGAGGAGCCGGCUCCCCCCCAACUCCAGAAUUUCGUGCACGCCGACAAUCAAGCAUUCGAGGCUGAGUGCCAGGAAGCGGAAAGUGCGAGAAAUCCGGCCAGCCACGAGAACCCUGCAUCGGGCGCAUCUGAACCGCCGACCAACCCGGCACAGAACGUGAACGUGAACGUGAACGUGUUUGACUACCAGGUGCCGUCCUUCGACGAGUCACAGGGUCCGGGGCAGGAGAUGGAAGAAAGAGGUGGACGACCUUUGCUCGGUAGAAGAUGUCGACGCGAUGUGGGAGGACGCGGACGAAGAGAAGGCGGCGUGAACUUUGGUACACCACCACCUAUCUACACAAUGGCUCUCGAAAACGACGCGGUCGCCAGCGCCACGAUCGAGCUCCUGGAGAGCCGUCUUCGCCGCCUGACCUACCUGCUGACCGGCGACGCAAAUUGGACCGGCAAUCCCACGCCGCCCGCAAAGCCCGCCUCUCUGGACGAGGGCGUCUCGCGCCGCCUGCUCCGCCUAGAAAGAGACCUGGACCGACUGAGUCGAAACAACCCCGCCGUCAGGGACGUUCUUGGACUUCACGACCGCUUCCCAGACCUCUUCCUCCCCACGCCCGCCAAAUCCCUCCCGGAGAACCUAACGACGCAAAACCUAGCCUCCAUCGUCCUCUCCUACGCGUCCGCCUUCCCCGAAACCGCAUCCCGACUCACCUCGCUGAACGACCUGCCUAUCCCGGACGCCGAGAUAUCUGCGUCGCUCAUCCAGCUCCAGCCGCGCUUGGACCAGUUGGCGCGCACGCAGGAGGACCAGGCGGCGCAGAUCUCUGAGCUGCGUGUGCGGUCCGCGAGAGUCUUGCAGAGGUGCAGUACAUAUCUCAGUAUGGCCCGCGUGGAAUCAGUCCGACUUCCAUACCCACGCGCACUGGAUUAUAUUGGACUGGACUGGACUGGACUGGACUGGACUGGACUGAAUCAUGAGAAAGGCAAGGAUGCGCGCAGCACGACCUCUUGA